CUACCAUGCUGCCAACCACCAACCAAAGCCAAGUCUUACUUCUUCUCCCCUAAAAUUUAAUAUAGGUAAACGUCAUCAUCAUACUCCCUGUCAACAUUGUUGGCUUGUAACUCCAAUUUAACUUGCAUAAAAUAGUUAUUUUCUUAGUUUAAAAAAGAAUAAUUUAUUUUUUUAGUUUAUUUAAAAAAAUAAUUUUUUUUUUGUAAUAUUUUAAUUUUUUUAUAUAACAUGUUUAGGAUUCCAAGAUUAAGAAGUAUUUUGAUAUAUUUAACAUAACUUUAAUUUAAAAUCAUAAAAUUUAAAUUUUUUUUUUUAAAUUUUAUUUCAAAUUAAAAUAGAUCAUUUUUUUUUUAAACGGAAGAAAUUAUAUAUAUUUCAAUUCUUUUCCUAUCUGUAUAGUAAAAUUAUUAGGUACAGCAAUUCAUAUCUAUCCAUAUUAGUAUUCAACUCUCAAUAAUCAAAAUUUUUGAUCCUACAAAAUCUCUUCUAUAAUUAAUUAACCAGUUUGUCUUGGAUCUAAGACUCCUCACGACUCGCCCCAAUAAGAACACUGAGCAAUAUAAUCAAAGAUUAACAGAAAACUCCCAUGGAUCCGAAAAAUGGCUACUGCCCAGAUACCAAAACUUUCAAAAGCUUAAGACCAUCAGUUCCAUUGCCGCCAUUAAAUGAGCCUCUUUCCAUCAUUGAGUACACAGUCUCUCUCCUCAACUCACCAACCACUGGAAUCAAUGUCAACACCACCGCUUUCCUCAUUGAUUCCACCACCGGCCAACGCCUUUCUUACGCUGAAUUCUCUCAGCAGACUCGAAAUCUCGCUUCUUAUCUCCAAGCUCGUUAUCCUUCCCUUUCCAAAAACAACGCCGCUUUUGUUCUCUCUCCUACUUCAAUCCAUGUUCCAGUUGUUUACUUCGCUCUCCUCUCCCUCGGUAUCAUUGUUUCUCCUGCUAAUCCGCUUUCUUCUUCUUCCGAGUUAACUCAUAUGGUUCAGUUAUGUAAACCUCUCAUUGCUUUCUCUACAAAAUCAACUGUCCGUAAACUCCAAUCAUUGUUUCCACUCGGUGUUAUUAUACUCGAUUCUCCUGAGUUCCUCUCCAUGAUUGAAACUCCUGUUUCUUAUCCCAUUUCUUACCCAGUCAUUCACCAGUCCGAUUCGGCAGCGAUUCUGUACUCUUCCGGAACUACCGGGAAAGUAAAGGGCGUUGAGCUAACUCACCAGAAUUUAAUUACGUUAAUGGCCAGUUUGUACCACAACAAAUACAAUCAUGCAUCUCCUGAAGAUGAAAACCUGGAUCAACAUGUGUCUUUCAUGACGUUGCCGUUGUUUCACGUGUUCGGUUUUUUUAUGGUGAUAAGGGCGGCGAGUAUGGGAGAGACGAUGGUGGUGACGGAGAGAUUCGAUUUCGAGAAGAUGUUGGCGGCGGUGGAGAAGUACAGAGUUACAUACAUACCGGUGUCGCCGCCACUGGUGGUGGCAAUGGCUAAAUCGGAUUUGGUACUGAAGUAUGAUCUGAGCUCACUGAAACUACUGGCCUGCGGCGGAGCUCCGCUGGGGAAGGAGGUAGCAGAGCGGUUCAAGAGCAGGUUCCCUAACGUGGAGAUUGUGCAGGGAUAUGGUCUGACUGAGACUACUGGAGGAUCAACAGGGAUGAAUGGCAUUGAGGAAACAGAGCGGUAUGGAUCUGCUGGUCGCCUUGCUAUGAAUCUGGAAGCUAAGAUUGUUGAUCCUGAUAGCGGAGAGAGCUUGCCGCCUGACCAGCGUGGAGAACUUUGGUUACGUGGGCCAACGAUCAUGAAAGGCUAUGUUGGAGAUAAACAAGCUACCUCAGCAACACUCGAUCCAGAAGGUUGGCUGAAAACUGGCGAUCUCUGCUAUUUUGACAAGGAUGGGUUUCUAUAUGUUGUUGAUAGGUUAAAAGAACUUAUAAAGUACAAGGCAUAUCAGGUUCCCCCUGCUGAACUUGAACAUUUACUUCAGUCAAUUCCUGCUGUUGCUGAUGCAGCAGUUAUUCCAUAUCCUGAUGAAGAAGCAGGGCAGAUUCCUAUGGCUUACAUAGUCAGAAGACCUGGGAGCACUAUUAGCGAGUCGCAAAUUAUAGAUGCCAUUGCAAAACAGGUAGCACCAUACAAGAAGAUACGGCGCGUAGCAUUCAUCAAUGCAAUACCAAAAUCUCCAGCUGGAAAGAUCUUGAGAAGAGAACUCGUUAAUCAUGCGACUAAUGGUACUUCUGCAAGAUUAUGACGGAACAAUUAGAGAUAUCACUACAUAAUUAUCUGAACUACCACUUGAAUAGGAACGUACCAUAUGUUGUUUUAAGUCUUCCACAUCACCUUAUUGCCUCAAAAUAUUUUUGCUUUGAAGCUCA